AUGAGGCUGGAUGUAAAGGUUAUUGGAUUUGCUAACAUGGUAUUUGAUGCACAGCGACAACUCUUUGCGCGCAGUGAGCGUGUCAAGGGCAUCGACUACCACCCGCAAGAGCCAUGGAUUCUAACUACUUUAUACAGCGGCCAUGUUUACAUCUGGUCGUACGAAACACAACAGAUCGUCAAGACCUUUGAGCUUACCGAUGUCCCUGUACGAGCCGGUCGGUUCGUCGCGAGGAAGAACUGGAUCGUUUGCGGUUCCGACGACUUCCAACUAAGAGUAUAUAACUACAAUACCUCCGAAAAGAUCACAUCCUUCGAGGCGCAUCCCGACUACAUACGCGCAAUUGCGGUCCACCCCACGCAACCUUUCGUCUUGACCGCCUCCGAUGACAUGACCAUCAAAUUAUGGGAUUGGGAGAAGGGAUGGAAGUGCGUACAAGUGUUUGAAGGUCACAGCCACUAUGUCAUGGGAUUGGCUAUUAAUCCUAAGGAUACCAACACUUUCGCUUCGGCCUGUUUAGAUAGGACCGUCAAGAUAUGGAGCCUAGGUUCCUCUACCGCCAACUUCACACUCGAGGCACACGAGACAAAGGGUGUAAACCAUGUUGAUUACUACCCGCAUUCCGACAAGCCGUACCUCCUCACAACCUCUGACGACAGAACCGUUAAGGUUUGGGAUUACACAACCAAGAGUCUUAUUGCGAGCCUCGAAGGACAUACCAAUAAUGUGUCCUUUGCCUGCUACCACCCGGAACUGCCUGUCAUCAUCUCCGGUUCUGAAGAUGGUACUAUCAGGAUAUGGCAUGCAAAUACUUACCGCUUUGAACAGUCUCUCAACUACGGGCUAGAGCGUGCGUGGUGUAUUUCCUACCAGCGUGGUAAGCAAGGUGUAGCUGUUGGAUUCGACGAUGGUGCAGUGGUAGUAAAGCUGGGCCGAGAAGAGCCUGCUGUAUCCAUGGAUAGUUCUGGCAAAUUGAUUUGGGCUCGACACAAUGAAGUCGUCUCAUCUAUCAUCAAGGGUGGCGACGCCUCGAUUAAGGACAAUGAACAAAUCACGCUCCCUACCAAGGAACUAGGCACAUGCGAAGUUUAUCCUCAAACGCUCAUUCACUCCCCCAAUGGCCGUUUUGUUUCGGUUUGCGGUGAUGGCGAGUAUAUCAUUUACACAGCUUUGGCAUGGCGUAACAAGGCCUUCGGAUCUGCACUGGAUUUCGUAUGGGCAUCAAAGGACAACAGUAACGACUUCGCCAUUCGUGAGUCGCCGACCAGUGUGAAGGUGUACAAGAAUUUCGUUGAGAAGACCGGUGGUCUGGAUAUCCCUUUCCAGGCUGAUGGCUUAACGGGUGGUGUCUUGUUGGGUGUAAAGGGCCAAGGAGGUGUGUCUUUCUAUGACUGGGCCACCGGCGGUCUAGUUAGACGAAUCGAAGUAGAACCAAAAGAGGUGUAUUGGUCAGAUAGCGGCGAGCUUGUCACUUUGGCUUGCGAAGAUACCUUCUACGUUUUAAGAUUCUCCCGCGAGAGCUAUAUCGAAGCUACUCAAGCUGGCCAAGCAGACGAAGAUGGAGUUGAGGCCGCCUUCGAGGUGAUUACAGAUAUCGCCGAGAGCGUACGAACAGGCCAAUGGGUUGGGGACUGCUUCAUUUACACCAAUAGCACAAACCGACUAAACUACCUAGUUGGUGACCAAACAUACACUAUCUCACAUUUCGACCAGCCGAUGUAUAUUCUUGGUUAUAUCCAAAGAGACUCCAGGAUAUAUCUGGCCGACAAAGAUGUCAAUGUCACAAGCUUUGCUCUAUCUCUCCCUGUAUUAGAAUAUCAGACGCUAGUACUCCGUGGGGACAUGGAAACGGCAGCCGAACUGCUCCCCACUAUCCCUACAGAUCAGCUCAACAAGAUCGCUAGGUUCCUCGAGGGACAGGGUCACAAAGAAUUAGCGUUGGAGGUAGCCACCGACCCUGAGCACAAGUUUGACUUGUCGCUUGCCCUGAACCAGCUUGACAUUGCUCUCGACCUUGCGCGAAAAGCGGAAAAUGACCACAAGUGGAAGACGGUAGGCGAUGCAGCCCUCACGGCAUGGGACGUCCAGCUCGCCGCUGAAUGCUUCACCCACGCGAAAGAUCUGGGCUCUUUACUCCUAAUUUACUCUAGCACAUCCGAUCAGGCAGGCUUAAGGGCUCUCGCGACGCAAGCAGAGGAGUCUGGCGCCCACAACGUUGCAUUCACGUGCAGGUGGUUGCUAGGUGAUACUGCGGGCUGUGUGGACGUUCUCACCAAGACAAACAGGCUAGCUGAAUCUGUUCUAUUCUCGCAGACAUACAAGCCGAGUUUGACAGUUGAUGCUGUCAAGGGGUGGAAAGAAAGUUUGGAGAAGAACAAAAAGGGCCGCGUGGCAAAGGUGAUUGCUAUCCCAACAGAAGACGAAGAACUCUUCCCAGAAUGGGAAGAGUGGCUGCGGCUAGAAAGCGAAGGCGGCGUUGCCACCGGGGAGGUAAACGGCGAAGCCGAGGAAGCUGAAGAAGAGGCAGAAGAGGAGGAGGCCGAGGAUGCCGAAAGCGAAGCAGAGUCUGAAGAGUAA